CGGGCAUCUCAGAACGUUCCCAGUUGCACUGACGUGUUGCGGUUUCGAUGAACUCGUGCUCGAAUCAUUUCCAACAUUAUGAGGGUUAAACUGGAGUGAGAUUAAACUUUGAAAAUCAAACAUUUACAAUGAGUGCGUGAAUCGCUGUCCUGGAGAACGAGGCAUUUUGUUGCCAUGUCACCUGGAGGUUUGUGGGCGCUCCUAGUUCUUCUGCUGGCUCGGCGCGGUGAGGGAAGCUGUCAAAGUGCAGGCCUGUGCUGCCCUGGUCGAGAUCUGUCUUGCGUGACUCAGGGCUGGAGAUUAGAUCGGUCCUACGGAGAAUGCUUCUGCGACCAAGCCUGUGUGUCUACUCUGGACUGCUGCCAUGACUACGACGUCGCCUGUCCAGCCGUUCCGUGUGUGGUAAGUGAGUGGAGUCACUGGUCGGGUUGUGCGGAGCCGUGUCGUGCCACAGUGCGCGUGCGACAGAGAACCAUAUUGCAGGACGCUCAGAACGGCGCCCGACCAUGCCCAGCGCUACUGGAGAACGCAGGCUGCGCAGAGUACAAUGACCAGGAGCGCCAGUGUCGUCAGACUCUCGUGCCCGCUCUUAUUACCACUGGUGGCUAUGGUAAUGCCAGGAAAAAGAGGGAAGUCCUAGACAGUGGGGACAUCGCAGGAUACUGUGUGGAGUUCCAGCUUACCUCCAUGACUGAGGGAUGCCAGAGAAGUGUUGGCUCUCAUACACGCUGGAUGCAGUACCUGCGCGAGGGCCACUAUGUGUGCGUGGAGUGCCAGCCUCCUGCCCUGGGUGCUGGACAAACACACUGCUCUGGAGAUGGAGAAAAUGCCACAGAAGACGGGCAUGUGUCUCUGCAGUGGCAAGCAGUUGGUAACCCAAGGUGCAGAGGACUGUGGAAGAGAGUCCGGCGACAGGACUCUUGCGCCUGCCCUUCUGUGCAUAGUUUCCUGUUUAUCUAGUUUCUCUAGCACAGCAGACACACACACACACACACACACUCUCUCUCUCUCUCUCUCUCUCUCUCACACACACACACAUAUUUGUUUACACUCUGCACUUCACUGAGUGCAGAAGACAACAUCCGUGUACAUCCAUUACUAUGGAUAAGUAGCUUCCCUGUGAAUUCCACUGUGUUUUGUCUUUGGAGAGUACUGAGCACUCCUAUUGUGACCAAGGUUUAAGUCAGCCCACCUCAAGCCCUUCACCGUGAAUAUAGCGCUUUUCUACUCAUACACUCAAAGCUUUACAGAUUAAUCUAACCUUAGACAUCUACCCAUUCAUA